CUUCCGUCGAACCUGUUUUACAAACAAAUGGUGGAAAUUGUGGAGGCAUACACUGGCCAAGAAGAAUCAUCAUGUUGCAGGAAUUGCGACGAGCAAAAAUUACUGAGGUUUUACUGCUCCAGUUGCAACUGUUUACUGUGCGAAGAAUGCACUGCUCUGCACAAGAAGUGGAAGGAUUUCAGAGGCCAUCAGCUCAAGGAAAUUGGACAACUUGACUCCAGUGAUGUAGAAGACUAUUCUCGAAAAACGAACGUCUGCAAGGAACACGAUGACAAAUUCAGAUUUUUCUGCGAAGCAUGUCAAAUUUGCAUUUGUCGUGACUGUGCCAUACUGGGUCACGUUGACCACAAGAAAAUUUCGCUAGAGAAAGGACUAGAAAAUAAGACAACUGAAAUUGAGAAUAAGAUACGAGAAGUUCAGGCAAACGGAUCUCUCUUGAGAAACAAAAAGGAAUCUCUAGAGAAACGUAGAAUCAAGGUAAUGAGCAGCUUUGAGCGAGCAACAAACAGUGUACGUACGGUUGCAGAACAGUGGAUUACAUUUAUUCGCAAGCACGAGGCAGACAUAAUAGGAAAGUUAAUGAAGCAGAGAGACGCAUUUGAGGCUGAAUUUUCAAACCAAAUGUCCAGCUUGGAUGGUAGAGUGGUGGAAAUCGAAAGCAGUCUCAGUUUUGGCGAGGAAAUACUCUCUCGUAGAAAUCUACCAGAAAUUUUAAAUGUUGAAGAAAUGCUGGAGAACAGGCUGCAAGAACUCUCCGUACCCUUUGAGUCCACACUGGUCUUCCCUGAAUUUGUGUACAGUUCAAAUGAUUUCAGUUGCUUGAAAGACGGACCUGGAAAGCUGAUAAGGACGGUUACAGAACCUACGGUAUCUGUUGCAGAAGGUCGUGGUUUGAAUGAGGCCAUUAAAGGAGAGGAGAGCACAUUUACUGUGAUUACAAAAGAUACCAAGGGACAAAUAGUUUAUAGCGAAAUCGAUCAGGUCAAUGUUGAAAUAAUCUCCAUCAAUACGAUGGGAAUUUUGACAGCCAGCGUGACAGACUCUAAAAAUGGUCGAUAUCGAGUGAAGUACAGAAGUGAAACAGCAGAUGACUUCAAAAUAUCUGUUACAAUUCGAGGUGAAGCCAUCAAAGACAGUCCAUUUAGAUUACGAGUGAAAAAGAGAGAGCCACAGACACAUCACCAGGUAUCUUCUUUCAUGUUCUGAAAAUUUCCACGCUAUUGAGAAAUGAGAGAACGGUGUUCAUAUAAUUAUUGAUUAUACAGUCACUAGAGAGUUAGAACAACAUGAGAAACCAGCAACCACUCCAAAGUCAAAACAAUUAUGAAUGAUUGUUUCAGCAACAAAGGAUCACCCAAAACUGGAAGGAUGAUUCAUUUGCAAUACCAUCGUGUCUUUGAGAGUGUUUAACCGAUAAUUUUUCUCCUUUUUUCAGUUCCACAGAGAUGAGAUAACUUCUAGGAAAACGGGAAUGAAAGCUAAGCUAAAGAAAUCUAAAAUGACAGGUAAAGUGUUGAUCCGCUUGCUUCUGGUUGUAAAAUUUAAAAUUUUAGUUUAGAUAUAUAUAUAUAUUCUGCUAUUUUUGUUGUUUUUUUUUAAUUUCACCUGUUAUGCUAAGACAUGUGAAAGAAUGCCCCAAUCAUUGAGUUAGUUAGGAAUCAAUGAUGAGUGCACGAGCAAUUGUGUGAGGAUAUCAUCCAAAAAUAUGGUCUUGCAUCAAGCUUUUUUUGGGCUUCCAAUCAUCCAUCACCAUGUUUAUGUUUCUGAAAGUGAAUAAUAAUAGCUUCUUCUUUGGUUUCUGGAGUAAUUUCUGAAACUAAGAAGCUAUUUGCAAUGUCUUCUGCACUAACAUCCACGAGACUGGAUGGAUCAGAGGCCUUAAAGAGUCAAAUCUGCAGGGGAUCACUUUCCCUCAAGGCUGUGUUAAAGGAGAAGUAGCGUCCAGAAAAGCACUUGUUUUUCUUUUCACCUACAAAAAGCUGAUAAAAAUAUAAAAUACUUUCCAAAGUUUCACCCUCUAAAGCGCUUCCCAACCAUACAAAAUCCUUGUUCGAAAAUCGAGCAAUAACGCACCAUCUUGAAUAUGCCGCCACCCUAAACCUUGAUGUGAAACAAAGACGGCUGUUGUAGAACUGCAUCACUUCGAGCCAAAACAUGUUCCCUUGGAGAACAAGGUGUCCAAAGACGAUAGUGAUGCAUCUGAAAGACUUAGCAGUUUGAACUGAUCGACUGCGUUCGUAGUGAACUUAGAGAAACUGCAAGAGAGUGCAUCUGUUGUCUCGAACAGCCGGAAUCGAAAACUGGUUUACGGAAUUUCUUCCAUGAACUUUGUUUUUUUUCUGCUCUUUCAAUGUGCAUGCGAUAAGGAAUUACCUUCGAAUUCACGUGAUUAAGACUAGUUCUGAAGACCCCUGUUUGGGAAUCGAGCCUUGCAUGUGUUAUGAUUUUUACAUCAUAAUUGGUUCAAAUUUUUUUCUACUUUUUUUUUUCUCAUAUCACCACUGUCCUUGUUCUUGGUUUUUUUUCUCAAAAAACCAAGCUUUCAACCAACGUGUUGGAAACAAACAUUGAAGGUGGUUCACUUUUUAGCCUCAAGUACCAUAAAACAAACUCUUGAAUCAUCGACUGCUUCAACACUAUGAAAUACUGUGCUCUAAUUAUUACCUCACGGCGAAAACAGUGUUGUGUCAUAUUGCAGAUCGCGACAAGUCUUUGAUUGUUUGCUUAACUCGGGCUGUUUUGCGAACAGCACCUACAUGCUAAGAAAUAUAUAUAUUGGAAUUGAUAUUUAUCCAACAGUCUAGAAUGUGCAAGGUACCCUAGGAAAGAGAGAGUUAUACAUCUCAGCUUUGUGAUCUGUAUUCCAUGAUGUGUAGCAGUAUUAUCCUACUUAGAAAAUAGUCACUUGAAGCUCUGCCUAUAUCAGUUAAGGUUAUCAAACAUUCAGUCUAUGCCAUGCUUGCAACUCAUGUGAAAAUAUAGGUUAUUAAUUUCCUUCACACUCUUGGUUGCCUUAAGGCUGAUAGCACCAUAAACUUUAAACAUUAGCUUACAACUCAUGCGAAGAUACAGGUUAUUAAUUUCCUUCACAGUCUUGGUUGGUUCAUGGCUGAUGGCACUGUAAACUUUAAACAUUGGCUUUCAACUCAUGUGAAGAUAAAGGUUAUUAAUUUCCUUCACAGUCUUGAUUGCCUCGUGGCUGAUGUUAAAUUCUGUAUUUUAAUGCUUUACUAUCACAAUGUUAUAGGAUUACAACAAAACCAGACAUACAUGCAACAUGCUCCUUUGGUCUCCACAACAUUCGCAACCAAGCAUGCAUAGCAUUGUGGGAUGUCCAAUACAUAAACUUACAGUUAACUCAAACAUCCAGUUUUAAUACACUACAGCUGAUAGCACUAUAAACUUUAAACAUUGGCUAACAGAUGUUAUCUACAUAAGCUGCAGAAUUAUGACCUAAUUCUGUCUUGCUCAACUCUGAAUGUUCAUGUAAUUUUAUUUUUAUGUAAGGUAAGUGAUUAGAAAUGACUUAUUAAGUAAACAAUCAGAAGAUGGGAUAACCUUUCUUUUUCCUUCUAAUUCUUUCGUAAAUCCACCUCACACACUAUUUAUGUUCAAUUACACGGAAAACAGCAUAGAAAAUAAUUUAGACAAUUUAAAUGUCUAUGAAGAAAUAUGCUCUUUGCUUACUAGUCAUUUAUAAUAACCUACAGUACAUAAAAAUAAAAGCUCAAGUGCAUUUAGAGAGAACAGAAUUAGGUCUCAAUUCUGCUAUUUUAUGUAAAUCUGCAUCUCUUAUAACCUCUAGACAAUGUUUAUGGGAUGAACAGCCAUGGCAUGAUUGUGACAAUCAAAAAUUUCCCUGAUCGAGAACUGAAGGUUAAAUAUCUAGGUGUUACCUUGGACUCAAAUCUGACAAGGAAGAAUCAUAUUGAUGAGCUUCGCUUAAAAAUGUCAAAAACUGUGGGAAUAUUCUCAAAUUUGAGAUACUAUGUUGGUUUUGACAUACUUUGUAUACUUUAGUAUUAACUAAUCUACUCCUUUCUCACUUAUGGUACCCUAGUUUGGGGUUUAACAUAUCCAACUUAUUUAAAGCCAGUGAUUACUUUGCAAAAGUGUAUAGUCAGAAUUAUGACAUUUUCUGGACCUGCAUCACAUUCAGAACUACUGCUAAAAUCUCUGAAUCUCUUAAAAUUUCUUGAUAAUUCAUCUUGAGAUUCUUCAUUUUGUUUAUCAGUGGUCUCACAAAAUAACUCCUUGUUUUACUGAUUACUUUAGGCCAAUAUCUUCUGUUCAUUCAUAUUAAACACAUCAAUCACUGAAUGAAAAUCUGUUUGUAAACCCAGUUCAAACAACUCAAUAUGGUAGUCGUUCUCUUCGUUACACGGAUACCACACUCUGGAAUUCAUUACCAGUUAUUUUGGUUUCCUUUUUAGUUUUCUUUUUGUGCUGUAUUCUUCAUAUUGACGUUUGUAACACUACUGUAAUAAUUAUACCCUUCUCUAAUAUACUGUAUUGUGUGAGUUUUAAUAAAAUUGAAUUGAACUGAAUUGAGAGCUUCAAGUGACUAUUUUUAAGUAGGAUAAUACUGCUGCACAUUAUGGAAUACAGAUCGCAAAGCUGAGAUGUAUUACUCUUUCUCUGCUGAGACACCUUAUGCAUUCUUGAUUGUUUUAAAAAUAAAUAUCAGUUCCAGCAUAUAAAUUUCUUACCGGGUCUGCAUAAGUGGCAGUCUUAAAGAAGUAUAACCUAGCUUAUAAGUGCUAUUCUUAAAACAGCCCGAUUUAAGGAAACGAUAGUCGUGAUUUGUAAUACCAAACAACACUGUUCAUGCAAGUGAGGCAAUAAUUAAAGCACAACAUUUAAUAGUGUUGAAACAGUCGAUGAUUCAAGUAGAGCUUGUCUUACGGCAUUUGAGGCUAAAAACUGAACCACCUUCGAUGUUUAAUUAACAAGUUGAUUGACAGCUCGCUUUGAAAAAAAAAAACAACCCAACCAAAAAACAAACAACAAUAGUGAUAUGAAAAAACAAAACAAAACAAGUAGGAAGAAAUUCGAACCUUUAUUACGGUCAGAUAUGACAUGUGAAAACGAUAACACAUGUCAAAUUCUGGCAAGGCUCGAUUCCCAACAGGGGUCUUCAGAACUAGUCUUAAUCACGUAAAUUCGAAGGUGGUGGCUCGUAGGGCAGAAAAGAACUAAGUUCAUGAAAUAAAAUCUGCAAACCUGUUUUCCGAUCCAGGCUGUUCGAGACAACAGACGCACUCUCUUGCAGUUUCUCCGAGUUCACUGCGAACGCAGUCGAUCAGUUCAAACUGCUAAGUCUUUCAGACGCAUCAUUAUUGUCAUUGGGCGAUUUUUCAGACGCCUUGUUCUCCGCGGGAACACGUUUUGACUCGAAGUGAUACGGCUCUACAACAGCCGUCUUUGUUUCAGAGCAAGGUUGAGCUCAGUGCGUAAGCUCUAAAACAUGGAACGACCCAAGACCUCCUAAAACCACCUACAACCACCUACAACCAUCUACAACCACCUCAAAAACAACUACAGCCACUCGCAAACUAUCUAAAACCAUCUGAAACAAGGCAUAAAUGUCCAAAAUAAGGCGAGACGACAAUAUGUCACGUACAUGAAAUACGAGAAUCGAACGAAACCUCCACCUCCCCCUGAAAUCUUACUUUCCCCGGUCCCAUGUAUAAUCACCCAUCUCACGAAAUGAAAUGCGAUAGCACGCUAAUUAUUUUAUAUUCCCUCAGUUGCAAAAGACUUGAAGAACUUUACAAAAUGAACUAACAAGUAAACAAUAAUAAAUAGGGAAUAAUACACGGGCGCGCGUAGAUAUGGAAUUUCUCUUCGACUCAGUGUUUAACGAUAGCUCACGAGUGAGCGCAGCGAACGGGUGAGAUGUCGAGUUGAACACGAGAAGAGAAAUUCCAUACCUUCAAGCAACCAUGUAUUAUUUUGUUUAUCAUGUAAACACAAUAGCCCUUUUCUGGGAAGAAAAGCCGACCUCAUUAAUGAAUGAAAAUAAAUGAGUAGACAAUCCUCGAAUAACAAUCGUAGAGUGCGUUGGUGCCGACUCUUACGAUGGAAAAAUGCGUUGAAACAUGAUUAUAAAUUUCGUUCGAUUCUCGUAUUUCGUGUACGUGACAUGUUGUCGUUUCGCCUUAUUUUAGACAUUUUUAAAAGCCUUGUUUUAGAUGGUUUUAGAUAGUUUGCGAGUGGCAGUAGAUGUUUUUGAGGUGCUUGUGGGUGGUUGUUGGAAUUUUUGAGGUGGUUGUAGAUGGUUGUAGUUGGCUUUAGGUCGUUCCAUGUUUUAGUGUUUACCGAGUCAAGACGUCACGCAAGAAGGCGGCGUAUUCAAGAAUGUGGCGUUAUCGAUUUUCGAGCGAGGGUAUGGUUGGGAAGCACUUUGGGGGCUGAAUCUUUGGUAAGUAUUCUAUCUUUGUAAUACAUUUUUGUUGGGGGAAAAAAAAGAGGGUUUUUGUGGACCCUACUUCUGCUUUAAGACAUCCUACCGAACCUCCCAGAAGGUAAUCUGGGUCAUUCUGGACGGUCUCAAAACAAAUUAGGGUCAUGAAACGCCAAACCUUGUUAUCAAAUUUUGUCACGCAAUCUGGGGAAUCCCCAUGUAAUUAAGCGGUUGCAAUGCGGUAAAGAACUUGAAAGCAAAAACCUCCGAAUUCUGUGAUAGAAGAACUAAAAUGAUUCAUUUGAUACGCCACGGCUUUUUGCAUCUGUAACACAUCUGUAAUCAAAUAUUACUUUCCGAAGCGUUUUUUUUUCUCAGAAUUUCCCCAAACAGUGACGAAAUUUUCUGAGAAACAGAACAAAAGAAACAGGGUGGAAUACCUUAAAAAUAAACUUAAUCGUAUAAAACUGCCUGAUGAAAUUAUCAUCCAACUGCAUUGAGUUCAAAUGACGUGCAACCGAGUACAACUGUCACGCGAUAUUUGGUCAGGUCGCAUAUAAGAUAAAGCAGUUGAAUCAUAAAUAACUUAUUAGACGUUUUGGUGUGUAGUAUUGUUGAUUUUUUUUUUUUGGAGGGUAAGGUAACGAAUCCUGCAAUCUGAUUGGUUCUCUACCCGGUCAGUAUUUUCCUAUCUCUGCCCACGGGCCACGGUAACGCUUUCGUGAGUCACCGAGUACAUCCCAAAUUUCGUCGCCAUUUUUCAUAAAUAUAUCUCGUUUUUCCGGCUGGGUAGUAUUUUUAUACGAACACGAUAAAUAACUUAUGAAUCCUCUCUUUUCUCUUUCUCAAAUCACUUUGUUUGACAGAAAAAUAUUGGUUUCAGAAUGAACUUGUAUAAGCAAUAGUGUCAUUACGUUCGUUGACAAGCGGCCUAAAAACCGUCUGCAAUUAACUUUAAUCGUUCGCAAAAAGUACCUAGAAAAUAAAUCGUGAGGUAUUUGAUUACAGUUAAACUGAACGAUGGAAUUUUCAUUCCUUCUGAAUUUUCUCAAACAAUUUGUUCGUAGUGAAAGAGCGAGCGAAGUUUUAAAUUCAGUUCUACAACAAAUAUACGCUCUCGGUGAGUCUUUCUGAGUCCGUUCAAUUUGGACAUUUGUACCGUAAAUUGUUCAACAGAAACUGAAGGAAUUUAUUGAGAAAAGGCCGCAUUAAAUCCCCAUGUGUCUCGUUGGAGUGAGCCAUUCAAAUUUAGUUUUUGUGGAGGAAAGCCCAGAUUUUCACACGCCACUGCAGAAAACAAACGAGCAAACUGUCACAACUUUUAAGUAUAAAAUUUAAAUUACUCACAAUUACUUUCCUUGCCGUUUACUUAAUGAAUAGAGGUAAAUCUUCGUACAUGGAUGAAUCGUCGAUGAGGGUGAAUAAUACUUUCUGUUAAUUCAUUGAAUGUUUUUGAAGAAAAAAUUGUCGUGAAAGUCCUUGCCAAACUAGUUCCGUUGUUUUUCAAAUGUUGUUGCAAUUUUUUUUUCUUACGCGCUCUCUAAUUGACAGGUGUCAGAUUGCGACAGAUACUUGUAAAAAUAAUGUUUCAAAGUUUGUUUGGAAGCCUUUUAAAUCACCUUUAUCCUUACGCAAAUGAAAAUGUUUCGGUGAGGCAUCAACUACCAUUUACUUGCACAAAAAUUGUUCAGUUUAUGGAAGAUCUUGCCGUAUUUACAGCCCUAAAUCAUUCGGGUUCUUUCUGAAAGAAUUUCGUCGAGUUUAAAAAAAAAAAAUGUUAUUUACCGGCUAAGGGUCGGUCCGUAUGGUGAAAAACUGUGACCUCGGCUUACGGCCUCGGGCAGUAUUUUCAAGACCUCGAUCACAGUUUUUAACCAUACGAACCUCCCAGCCGGCAAACGACAUAUAUGUAUUCUAACUUGUUGUUUGUAUUUAGACUCGCCCUACAGGCUCGUCCAAAUACGCCACAACUCGUAAAAAUACUCAGUGAUACUACACACCAAAACGUCCAAUAAGAUAUAUAUAAUUCAGGCGUACUCAUGCUGCUGAUUUCUAAAAUCUAUUUCAAAAUCAAUUUAAAUAAGGCCACAAAGACAAGUCCUAUCGUAACGACAUUCACAAGACGUGCAACCCAACAACUAAUUUUUUUUAUUUGCAACUUGCCUAUCUAGACCAGAGUGGAUCUCCAAUUCCCGUGCAAUGCAUAAUCGAAGUAACUGGUUUGCCAGAUGGUGUAUCUGAGGAUAUGGUAACAAACUACUUUGAAAACGCCAGACGUUCUAAAGGAGGUCCUGUGUCUUCCGUAGUCAUGACACCAGAACUUCGGAAGUGUCUGGUCACUUUUGAAUCUCCCGAUCGUAAGACUAAAUGAUAUUAAAUUCCUUUUUUUCUGGUUGAUAACAAAAAAUGUGUUCGUAAAGGUUUAAAUUCAACCUUUGUAGAUGCAGAGAGGACGAUAAAUCAUCCAUCUCACGUUUUGAGCGGAGCAAGAAUUCAAGUCUCGCCGUUUGUAAAGGAGGACGAAAGUGCCAUCGAAUUCGGUGAAAAUAAAGACGAGGACUAUGACGAGGAAGAUGGCAUCACCAUUAAUGUUAGCGACAUCCCGUCUUUUACCCCAAAAGAAGUACUGAUUUUCUACUUUGAAAAUUCUAGACGAUCAGGAGGAGGCGAUGUCUCCGAAAUCUAUUACAACGAUAAAGGGGAAGCAGUGAUAACUUUCUCUGAGGUGAAAGGUACACAAUACUUUCCUUUUAAAGUCUUCAAGGUGACAGAUUUAUCGAUAAGUUCAGGUAUUUCUUGAGAAAAAGUAGACAAGUUCAAAGUUAAUGCAUAUCAUAUAAUUCAGGUUAAAUCUCACAGUGGUUGGUGACAGGAGAGGAGAGGUUCUUCAUCGUCACUGACAUUGCAAUUACAGCAGUUGCCGAGAUACUCAAUGUCUCAAACAAGUUAAAUUGCAAGUUUGCUUUGGUUAUCAACCCGUCACUUAUUAUCAAUCAUGAAUCAGUUGCGAUCGAAUUUCUUUCGCGGUAUACGAACAUUCUAAAACUGGCUGAGUCCCCAACAAGUAGCUUCACAAUAUUAGUUAGUCAUUUGGUAGCUGCACUAAGCCUAGUCCGCCUGCGUUGAACCUCGAUAGAUUACUCCCAAUUUACUCUUAAAAAUUACUGCGUUGAUAGCUUCCCGUUUACUUUAAGUUACCUAUACUUACCCAGUCUUUUGCUAGCAGCUUUAUGAAAAUUAACAUAAAAAGAUAAAGUGGAUAUUUGUAGAGUUAUUUCUGUAUCUUCAAUGUCAGGUUUUAUACUAGUGGUAUAAAAAUAAGGUCCAAUCCUUUAAGCUUUUGUUGAGCUGCGUGGAUUGCUCACAAAUUCACAACACAAGUCAAGAAAGCAAGUAGAAAACGUUCUUAAUAAUCGUUUUAUCUAAAUAUUUUGAUUACAUUAAACUUUUAAAUCAUAAUGUUCAUUACAGACCUGCAGCGCCUUCUCGAGGAGCCACACAAUAUUGACGGCCAAAUAAUAACAGUGGUGCGACAGCCUCCUCCGAAAAAAGUGCUUCUUGAUCCAUUGAGACUUCAUGUUCAAGGAAUCAGUA